AUGCGAGCACGGUCGAUACGCGGACAAGGCGCGGAUUGGCUGCGUACGCGACCGUGCGGCCGGCGUCGAAUCGGCAGGCAGCACUUUGAAAGCGGCGACCGCCCUCCGCGCUGCCGUUCGUUCUUGGCCGUUCCGCAGUUGCGUUCGCUGUCCCGUGCUGAAUCCGUUGUUUCUUCGAUGCCCGUCUUCCAGCUGCACACCAACGUCGCCAAGGACAAAGUCACACCCGAACUGCUGAAGCAGAUCUCAGCACUGGUGGCGCGUAUUCUGCACAAACCUGAAAGUUAUGUCUGCGUGGAAAUCAUCCCUGAUCAGCACAUGACAUUCGCUGGUACGGACGACCCAUGUGGGGUCGCGCAACUCAGGUCGAUCGGAGGUGUUGGUGGGUCUCAGAACAACAGCCAUGCAAAAGCCCUAUUUGCUCUGAUCAAGGAUCACCUGGGAAUUGAAGGGAGCAGGAUGUACAUUGAAUUCAUCGACAUCGGCGCCGCCGACAUUGCCCACAACGGUAGAACAUUUGGAUAAGUUCAGAUGGAGACUGUUCGAACUUGUCUUGCUUAUUAAUCCGGUUUAUAA